AUGACAGGGAGGCUGAGACCUGGUCUGCCCGGCCCUCCACCCUGCUCCACCCUCCUCCACCGCGCCCCGUCCAGAGCAACAAGUGCGGGACCGGACGAGUGUCUUCUUCAGAGCGCAGACGAACCAAACCCCCGUCAACCGUGCUCCGCCGUCGCCGGACUUCAGCUCCCCGCCGACCAAGUCCGUCCAAAAAUUAAAAAAAAGUUCUUCACAAAAAUGGCGAACGUUUUACUUUUCUACUUCAGCUCGGUGUUGCUCCUGUCCCGUGUGGAGUCGUGUUCGAUACCGAGCUCCCACUACGUCAUUGUGUCGUCCCCACUUCUACCUGGAUCCCUUGUCGCUACAGUUCCUCUCGCCCGCUGCGACCCCGGCUCCACGCGCCUGUCUUCGAGCGACCCGAGCUUCGCGGUAUCGAGCAGCGGGGUGAUACAAACCGUAACGACCGUGCCGGUGUCGGCGGAAGGGCGGACAUUUUAUGUAAGGGCUCGGGACGGCAGCGGACCGGGAAGCGAGAUGGUCGUUCACCUGGUUCACGUCGUACUGCCCGGAAGAAAGAAGGUGCAGGAGCACUACCUGAAACGCUCCAAGAGACGUUGGAGUCCCCCUCCCUUCAACAUAUUGGAGAACCUGGAGGCAGUUUAUCCAAAAAAAAUUGAAAUGAUCGUGUCGGACUCGGAGGCCGUGCAGAGAGUGUUCUACACCAUCAGUGGACCCGGCGUCGACCAGCCUCCAAUUGGGGUGUUCAGCCUGAACAAAACUGGGACGAUGUUUUUGCUCAAGAAAGUUGAUCGCGAGGAGUACCCAAAAUUCAUUUUAGUCGUCAGAGUGUUCAACAUACGAACCGGGGCGGAGACGGACGCUCCUCUGCCAAUCACGAUAGAGGUGGAUGACGUGAACGACAACGCUCCGACGUUCAAAGAUCCGCUGCAGUUUACCGUGGCUGAGAAGAGCGAUGCAGGCACAGUGGUGGGGAAGGUGAACGCCGUAGACCGAGACCAAGCUGGAUCCCUCCACGUGAAGAUCAGGUAUUCUCUUAAAACAGGAAUGGACCUGUUUGCCAUUAACUCAGCAACAGGUAUCAUCACCACGGUAACCAACACCCUGGACAGAGAGUUAAAAGACAAGCACUUGGUGGUCGUAGAAAUCAAAGAUAUGGACGGCGCAGUAAACGGUCUGUUCAACACGGGCACCGCAACCAUUACCGUGGGCGACAUCAACGACAACGCACCGACUUUCACAAAAACAUCAUAUGCGGCCGACGUCAAAGAAAACGAAAACGGAAAACUCGUCCUUCGAAUUCCCGUUGAAGAUAAGGAUUUAAAACCCACGCCCAACUGGAUUGCCAAAUUUGUCAUCACGAAAGGAAAUGAAGAUGGACAUUUCAGAAUGGAGACCGACCCGAAAACCAACGAGGGGCUCCUGUACGUCGCAAAGCCCUUGGAUCACGAGAAGAACCCGAGCGUCCAUCUUGAGAUCGCGGCGCAGAACGAAGCCGGCCUGGCCGACGGCGCGGCCAAAUGGAUGUCCGUCCCCGUGGUGGUCACCGUCCUCAACGAAGACGAGGGUCCAGUGUUCUCCGCCCCGACCGUGCGCUUCAGCGUCAAAGAGAACUCGGCCAACGGCUCGCUGAUCGGGAGUUACAUCGCUCUCGAUCCCGAGACCAAGAGCAGCAGCGGCAUCAAGUAUUACAAGAUCUCAGACCCCGCCUCCUGGGUCAAGGUGGACAAAAACAACGGCGAGCUGAGGGUGGCCAACACCAUCGACAGAGAGUCACAUUUUGUCCAGGAUGGAAUUUACAACAUCACCAUGAGGGCUGUUGACGCCAGUGCCAAGACGGGAACGGGGACGGUCAUCAUCAUCGUGGAGGACGUCAACGACCACAUGCCGGCGAUCCCCACCAGCGAGCUGAUCCUGUGCGAGAAGGACGGAGAGAUGGGCUCGGUCGUGGUCGUGGCCGAGGACACCGACGAGACGCCUUUCUCGUCCCCCUUCAGCUUCAGAUUGCCGAGUGAUCACGACGGAAAAUGGUCCGUGACCAGUUUCAAUGAUACAGCAGCUACGUUGCAGCAGAGGAAGGAGCUUCCUACUGGAAAACACCUGGUGCAGCUGGACGUGAAAGAUCUGCAGGGCUCCGGUAAAACGCAGACGGCAACGGUGAGGAUCUGCCGCUGCAGGAGCGGAGCCUGCCUCGUCAACCCCAACUCCGUGUCCCUGGGGCCGAUGGCUUUACUGGCUAUGCUGCUGCCGCUGUUCCUCCUCCUAUUGCUCGGCCUUCUGUGCGCAUUUUUCUGCUCGACAAAGAAACAGAAACAUGAAUUCGUGGAUGUCGGAGACAGCGGUGGAAUCCUGCUCAAAUCAAACAUCGAGUCCCCGGGGGAAGAAGUGGAUUCAAGUCUCAUCAAUAUUCCCAUUACAGGGACAGAGUCCGGAGUGAAAGGCUCCGUUAAGGGUUUUGCUAGCGGGAACAAGGGAUGGGUGACAAGCAACGGCUCGGGCACCAUGGGAACCAAAAGCAUGCACGAGAACGGGCUGUACAACGACGUCGUCACAUCCGAUAUGGACCAAUUCUACUCGAGCCAGUUCAACAACCAGUACGGCGCCCAGUCGUUCGGAGGGAACUACAUGGGCAACAGCGAAGGCUUCGACAACCGGCACCUCGCCCAGGACACGACCCUCAUUCACAACUGGCAAACCAACGGCCGCUAUCUCCACGAGAAGCUGGGCUACUUCGGCACCGAGGAGGACGGGCGCUUCGCCGACGACAUCGCCCACGCCUACGGCUUCGAGGGGGUGGGCUCCGCGGCCGGCUCCGUGGGAUGCUGCAGCGACAUCGGCGACGACGACAACCUCGACUUCCUGAGCGCGCUCGGGCCCAAGUUCAAGACUCUCGGCGAGGUCUGCAGGAAGACAUGAGCGGCGAGGAGCCGGAGACGAAGAACGCCGGCCCGAGGCGGCGUCCACUCCUCGCUGUGCCGGAUGCAGAGAGAGGCCUGGGGGCCGAAGGGUCGGUGGGCCCCCGAACACAAAUGAGAAAAAGAACACGCGGUUGGCUGUCGCUUUUUGAUGAUGUUGUUGUCUUUGUGUGGCAAAAGUCAUUUUGCACUGAAAGCUAUGCAGUCAGUCGUACAUGCUCGUGUGUGUGUGUGUGUGUGUGUGUGUGUUAUGUGUUGUUGGCCUUUAGAGUCGUCCAUCCAUCAUCUACACCUGCUUCUCCAUGUCCAAUGAUAUUUGCAGUGACGGCUUGCGGGUUUUUCUUCUGUCUCCUGUAGGAGUGGCGACUUUAGGGCGUCUCGGUUUUUGUUCAUCAGUGUUUCUAGGAAAAGAUGCAUUUGUGCGCCCGAGUUUAAUCUUCGCUUGCUACGUUUUUUUAAAUAGUUUUGAUAUAUUUUUUAAAGAAAAAGAAAUGCCGAAAUGAAAUAAGACCGCGAGACUGUAUUCUUUAAUAUUUCACCUUAAACCUACGUCCUUUAAAACGACACGUUUUGGAGUUGAUUAAUGCGUUUUUAACCGCGGCGUCGACCGUUCACCGGGUGUUCCCAUUUCCCCGCCGCCGCUAUCCGCGCGAACGCAUUCCGCCUCGGCACCUGAGCGUCGGACGGGCGUAGUUUCACCCCCGCGUGUCAUCGAGGUCGUCGCGGCACGCCGACAGUCGUCAGGAAGCUUCGCGUAAGUUCAGACAGGAAGACCAUACCCCUCACACCAGCCUUUCAUCCCUCAGUCCGAUAAUCAUUUCCCACUCAUUACUUACUCGCCGUCGUCAAUCAUGACUCCAGCUGCGCAGAUCAGCUGGUCCACUCUAUCCAAUAAGCAGGGAAAUGAGGACAUGGCGAGCCAAUCGUCUCGCUGCUGUCACAUUCAAAUAUGACCGUCUCUCUACCUUCAGUUCAUCCAGGUUGCUGUCAUGCACCCCUCCACCACCCCAUCUCCAGCCAGUCUUCAAGGAUCCAUCAGCUUCAACUCAUCAUCAGCUCAUCAGCCACCACCAGGUCUGGACUCCACGGGGGGGGGGAUCUAUCUCGUUGCUGAGCAGGGCAGUCAGCCCUCAACUACAAAUCUCCCCGUAGAGUCCAAGCGCCAAAGACUCUGAGACUUUACCAUUGCGCAUCACAUGUUAACAAUAAACAUCCUUUCUUUAUUCAGGGUCUUACCUGAUUGAACUGUGAAAGUCAUCGCGAGGGCGUGAAUGUGACGAGCGAGGUGUCACCGGCGCGUUUUUUUCGAAUACCAGACAUGAGGGAAGGCCGAUAAGCGCAGCUGGAAAAAAGAAAUGUCCUUGAACCUGCUGAUUAAAAAAGGGAAUAUUGUCCAAUGUGUGUAUAUACUGUAUUGUUGCAGUUGUAACUUGGCAUGCUCAUUAAAGAAUGUUUCUCCUGGUGAACUCGU